GGAAGGUUGUAAAAAAAAAAAAAAAAAAACCCACUACCUCCACACCCUCCUACAGCUGCCACCACGUUCUGUUACCUGGAAGAAAUCUAACACAAAGCCAUGGACCCUGAGUACUUCAAAUCUUAUGAGAUGUGUUGGGGUACCCUCGGAACGGUGCGACCCUUCUCCAAUUUCCACCCUGAGCGGGACGCCAUGGAGAUCCAGGCAGCGCUGGAGAGGAAAGAUGCGGUGACUCUGGUGAGGAUCCUCACGAAUCGGAACAACGCUCAGAGACAAGUGAUCGCCAAGACAUUUGAAGAAAUAACACAGAAGGACCUGGCAGCUGGGUUGAAGAAAGCUCUGGCUGGAGACCUGAAGACUCUGCUGCUGGAACUGCUGAUGCCUCCUCUGGAGUACGAGGCCCAUCGCCUGCAACAGGCCAUGGCAGGUCUAGGCACAGAUGAGGAAACACUCCUGGAGAUCCUUUGUACACGAUCCGGAAAGCAGCUUCAAGAAAUUAGUGCUGCGUACCAACGUUUGUAUAACAAAGACCUGGAGAAGCAGCUGAGAGGAGAAACCAGCGGAGACUUUGCUAAGCUUGUUGUGGCUUUGCUAAAUAAAGAAAACGUCGCCAGUGUUGUUAGAAGAGACGUUGAGUAUCUCUCUGUGUCACUAAAUGGGAAAAAAGCUGAUGCUGUUCCAUGGAUUGACAUACUGACCUCGAGAGACUCAAACCAUCUUAACAAAGUGUUGAUGGGACUGGAGAACGAGAGCGGACAGAUGGUGGAUCAGGCUGUGGAGAAAAAGUUUACAGGAGACCUUCAACUGGGUUUGAAAGUUUUAGUACAGUGCAUUCGAAACCCUGACGACUACCUCGCCAAAAGACUAACGACCAUGGAGACAGCCAUAGUGCAGGGGAUUAUGGUGUCUCACUCUGAGGAGGAUCUGCUGUGUAUCCGAGCUGCCUACCUGAAAUCAACAGGCACGUCUCUCUACACUGCUCUACAGAAACAUUUCAAAGGAGAUCAUCUGCAGGCUCUGCUGGCCAUCUGUCGGUCUGAAGAUUAAACAAAAGCCGGGGGGGGGGGGGGGGGGGGGGGGGCAGCCGUGGCCUAGAGGCUAUGACCGGAGGGUCGCGGGUUCGAUUCCCCCCACCGGACUGGCAGAGAAACUUGGGUGUGGUGAAGUAUCCAUUCCCCUCUCCAUUAGCCGGCUGAUGUGCCCUUGAGCAAGGCACUUAACCCCCCAACAUGCUCCCUGCG